AUGGCCGAUCCUAACCAACACUAUCAGUAUGAUCAGCAAACCGACUUCUUUGACGAAAACGAGGACCAGAGCAAUACCUACUAUGACGACGUAUACUAUGGAGAACCAUAUGAUGUUCCUCCCGAAGAGCAGCCUUAA